UCCCAGCCAAUGUAUACGCGACAACUCCCUUCCAACAUUAACAGCGAACAAAAAAAGUGACAUGAACGAUAACGAGCCGCGUACUACGAAGUUUAUCUGAAAAAAGUGAAUUCCUGGCAACAACAGUCAGAGUAUAACUGAAAUAGUGGUUGACUCUUGUUUUGGAACAAUUACGACUUUGUAGACCUAAAUAUAUUUUUCUUCUAACAUUGGUAAAAAAAAGGGUUAUUAAUCAACGUGGACAUAAGUGAAAAACACAUAUUUGUGGAUAGAAACUGAUAAGAGAGAGCGGCGGCCAUAUUGACAAGCCCCUGGCAAGUACGUGGCUGGGACGAGCGGGCGGCGAGUAGCUCCCAGUGCGCGUCUAACCUCCACCAAGUGUCCACGUACACGACUGACUGUUGCUACUGGGGUUAAAAAAAUAAGGACAACCAGACAGUAACCAAGAUGGGGUGUUUCAGUAAAGCAGCGCUGUUCCUCUUGAACUUCAUAGUUUUCGCUAUUGGUGUGACCGUGGUUGUCCUGGCAUCCAUUAUGAUCAACAAGGACAACUCCUAUGGCAAACUCUUGCUCUCGCAAGGAAUGUUCACUGUACCCGUCAUUCUUCUGAUUGUUGGACUUAUCAUCGUCAUCAUUGGCUUCCUGGGAUGCUGUGGUGCCAUGAAGGAAAACUCCUGCAUGCUCAAGACGUAUGCGUUCAUUGUGCUGGUGCUCCUCUUAGCUGAAAUUGUCCUGGGUAUUCUUCUCCUGGUGUACUCGGGCAAGGCAGAGGAUACCGUCAAGUCAGGAAUGGAUGACGUUUUCAUGAACUAUGGUAAAGAUGAUAAGGAACUUACUAAAAGCCUUGACCUGAUUCAGCAUGAACUGGAGUGUUGUGGUGUUACCAACUACACAGACUGGAGCUCUGUGUUUGGUAGAGGCAAGGACGUGACCAUUGGUUGUUGUAUUGAAAAGACUGACGACUGUUUUGAAGGUAUGGCUGAAAAACCCAUAGAAGAAGCAAGGAAGUACAUUUACACUCAGGGCUGUUAUCAGGCCAUAAAGUCUGACCUCCAGGGUCUCACCAUUGGUCUUGGUGUGGCUUGUCUCAUCCUUGCUGUCAUUCAGGUCCUGAGCAUCACCUGUGCCUGUGGCAUUGCCAAAAACACUCAACAGUAUGCCUAAACACCUCAUCCUAAAGGGUGAUUACAUGGAAGCAGAUGCAUCCAAGAUUAAACAAACCGUGGCAAAACUCCUCAAUGUAUUGUUGUUUCUUGUCCUUUAGUGGUUUGUGCAUCAAUUAAAUCAAGAGAAAUAUCCUAGUGUCAUAGACCACCCAGUGACAAAUGGCUCUUUUACAUUCUUAGGAAUUUUAGUUCCUGGUAGAUAAGGAUAGCAGUAAUGUACAAAUAUUUCUUGUACUUUAUUUUUUAUUUUAUUUAUUUACUUUUUUUUUUUUUUUUUUUAUAUAUAUAUAUAUGAAGGAAUGUCUUAGAAAUAUCAGUAACCUAAAAUAUAUUCUUUAUUCUUUUCAAAUCUUUCCAUGCAUGUAGGAUUACUAUUUUUAUUUUAUUUAUUUUUUAUUUUAUUUUUUUUUAAGAAGGAAUGUUUGAAUCAUGUCAAGUAUGACCCGAAAGAUUUGUAUUAUUUUUUUUCAUAUCUUAUGUAGGAAAGGCAAGGUGAUGACCAUACCCACGGUAGUUUCACCUGGCUUUAUCAUUCUAAUAAUAUAGUAGUGGAAUUUCUUUCCAUAUUUAGUUUACUUAUGCAGCAUCAUUUAACAAAAAGGUAAUUAUUAUUGUAUUUGUUUAAUUUAUGUAUUAUUGUCAACACUAUCUGUCUCUUCUAAGUUCUCAUCACUACUGUGCCCUGUGAGUUGUCAUCCCAGGAGAUGAAAGUUUGAUUUCACAACUCUGUGUGUGUGUGUGUGUAACAAUGUGCAUUCCAUUACCUCAACUCAGCCUUUUCUUGAUUGGAUUUUCAUUACAGAUGCAGAUUAUUAAAUUUUUUUACAUACUGUAUAAAAAA